AUGAAUUAUCCAACAAAAGAUAGUACCAAUCCGCAAAUUCAAGAAUAUGACUUGAAUUCGCGUAAUAAUUCAAACAAUUCUCAGCUGUUUGAUGAUCCCACAUCCGAGAGAGUUAAUAAAUUCGAUAUAGCAACUAAAGAUAACGUCAAAGAUGAUAAAAAUUCAAGUGUUAAAGAUAAACUGCUCGCAUUAUCAUUGAAUUUUAAACGAUUUUUUGGAUUUGUGGGACCUGGUUACGUUAUUGCAGUUGGAUAUCUUGACCCUGGUAAUUGGGCUACUGAUCUUUCCGGCGGUUCAAAAUUCGGCUAUUCCCUCUUAUUUAUUAUCUUUUGUUCUAAUCUGAUGGCCAUGUUAUUACAAAGUUUGUCGAUUAAAUUGGGAGUUGUAACAGGAAUGGAUUUGGCCCAAGCCUGUAAACAUUUUUUCCAUAGAUAUCCGAGAUAUUUCCUUUACGUAUUAUGUGAACUUGCGAUUAUUGCUACCGAUUUGGCAGAAGUUAUCGGCAGUGCAAUUGCUCUUAGGAUGUUAUUUAAUAUCCCUUUACCUUAUGGCGUUGCUGUUACGGCGCUUGACGUCAUGGUCAUUUUGUUUGUUUAUCGUGAUAAUAGCAUGAAAGCAUCCAGAAUUCUGGAAACUUUUGUAAUGUUGCUCGUAGGAACCGUCGGAAUAUGCUUUGUUUUGGAAUUAGUUUAUUCUCAGCCAAACUCUGUUGACGUCUUAAAAGGUUAUUUACCAAGUUCUGGGAUCUUUACAAACUCGGAACAAUUGUACAUCGCUAUCGGAAUUAUCGGAGCCACGGUGAUGCCACAUAAUUUGUACUUGCACUCGCAUUUGGUUAAAGUGAGAAAAUAUCGAGAACAAGAACGUGUAAUUGCUGAUAGGUAUGAUAAUCAUCUUGAAUCAGGUCAAAAUAUUCACUUAGACAAAAGUACUUUUAAAUCAAUCGUUGCAAAUUUAAUGAACCUUUCUGUGAUGGAUUCAUCUGUGGCUUUGACUUUUGCGCUUUUUGUUAAUUCGUCAAUUUUAAUAGUAGCGGCGGCUAAUUUCUUUUAUAAAGAAACCACUAUUGAAGUAGCUGAUUUAUUUGAUGCUUACAAUUUAUUAACUCAAUACCUUGGUAAGGCUGCGGGAACUCUUUUUGCUUUAGCCUUAUUAAUUGCCGGACAAAGUUCAACUUUAACUGCAACCAUAGCCGGACAAAUUGUAAUGGAAGGUUUCAUGGGUUGGAAAAUACGUGCCUGGGUAAGAAGACUUUUAACUCGUUCAUUUGCAAUUAUUCCUGCCAUGAUCAUUGCGAUAGUGAAUGGUGAAAACGGAUUAAAUAAUAUGUUGAUCGCUAGUCAAGUGGCUUUAAGUAUUCAACUUCCGUUCGCUGUUAUACCUCUUGUUUACUUUACGAGUAGCAAAAAGUGUAUGAAAGUUGAUAUAAGGGAUGUAUUCAAGAAAGACACCGAUGAAAGUAAUUCACCCUCAAUUUUGAAUUCUGCUCCACUUAAUACAGAGGAUAAUUCAAACAUUACAGAUGAAAAAACUGAUCAAGAUCCAUAUGUGACUUUUCCUAACACAAUUUGGAUCACUGUCAUUGCAGCUAUAGUUAGUAUCAUUAUCCUUGGAUUAGAUAUUUAUCUUAUUUAUGAAACUUUCAGAGGGAUGGUUCAAGGCACUUUAUAA